AUGUCCGACGAUUCUGAUGGGGUAAACCGGAUGGUUCUCCCAAUAUUAAUUGGGUUGCCUGGGAGUCUUUAUGUGUGUCGAAAGAGGAAGGGGGGCUGGGCUUUCGAAGCAUUUAAUACGGCAUUGUUGGCUAAACAGGGGUGGAACUUUCAGGGAUGGAAUGUGGGAUUGUUUCACCAGUUGUUUCCACCGGACAUUGUUGAUCAUAUUCUUCAAUGCAGCUUUAGUUUAUUCUCUAAACCGGAUGUGUUGGGUUGGAAUUGUGAGAAUAAUGGUAUGUUCUCUGUGAAAUCGGCGUAUCAUUUGGCUUAUCAUCUAUUGUGUAGUGGAGGUAGGUCUCUGGAGAUUUCCCAUCCGGAUCAUGUUGCUCAGUUGUUAUGGGAUAGUCUUUGGUCUUACAAAAUCCAGCUUAAGCUUAAGCAUUUCCUUUGGAGAUGUUAUAAGGUGGCUCUUCCAGUUAGAAAAUGUCUCCUUGGCUAUGGCCUUGUUGUUGAGGUGGAUGAGGAAUCUAUUGAGCAUUUGUUUUUUCGGUGUCCUCACUUUGUUCAGGUUUGGAAGCUUUCACCGCUACGGUUUGAUUUGCUUGUUAAUUGCCCUUCUUCUUUUGCUGAUUGGUGGUUGGGUUUGGAAUUCAAGGAUGCCUCAAGGUCCUUCCAUUUGAGUUUGCCAAAGAGUUUGUUUGGAGAUAAAUCCGGGUCGUUGGUGUCUUAUUCCUUGUCCCGAUGGUUUCCUCCUCCUUCAGGUAUUGUAAAAUGUAAUGUGGAUGCUUCCUUUUCUGUUUCGGCCCAUUUAGGGGGUGGUGGUGAAGUCUUUCGCGACUUUUCGAGGCAAAUUUUGCAGGCAGUGGUGUUUAGUCCUUUCUCUGCUUCCAGUGCGACAUUGGUAGAGGCUGAAUGUUUCCGUAGAGCAGUUUUAUGGGCUUUGUCUUUUUCUUUUGCUCAUGUUUGGUUUAAAUGUGAUUCUCUUGUUGUGGUCAAGGCUGUGUUUGGUGUUAAUCAUGGGCCUAUGGAAAUUAAUGCGAUUUCUUUUGAUGUUCAAGUGGCGCUUCAGAGCUUUUCCUCAUCUUCUCUUAGCUAUGUUCAUAGGCAUGGCAAUGACGUUGCCCAUGCUCUUGCAACGUUGUCUCGAAGUCAUUUACCAAAUGAUGUGGCACUUGUUCAGAUUCUGUUUGAUAUUUGUAGUUUAGCAGCUAAGGAUUGUCUGUCUUGA